AUCCACCCCCCUCUUCACCACCUCUCCCCCCCCGCGUCCGUAGAGUGGUUGUAGGGUCGACAACCUUUUUCUGAUUUCGGUAUCCGGGGGUGCACAUACUCGAUUCUCGGGGGUUUCUGAUUUUUCCAGCUUUCUUCAUUACAAUCCACCCAACCAUGGCCGGAGGGGGUGCAAACUCCACGGGCCCCGCCAGUCAGGCGGGGGUCUUGGAGGGGAUGAAUCCUUCCCAUUACAAUUCUAAUGAUCCUCUUACACUGUUCAUCAUUCAGGUUGGUCCUCAUUCGCCUCGCUGGUUAAACUUUGGGGUGAAGUGUGGUGAGCGAGGGCGGGCGGGAGCAAUGUCGGGAACCCUUUAUUCUGACGGUGCGUGCGCAAUAGGUCACCCUUAUCAUCGUCGUUUGCCGUCUUUUGCACUGGCCUCUCUCAAAGCUACGACAGCCCCGUGUUAUUGCCGAGGUCGUUGGUGGCAUCAUCUUGGGUCCUACCGUGAUGGGUAGAAUCCCUGGCUUCAAGGAUGCCAUAUUUCCCAAGGCCUCAAUGCCCUUGCUUUCUCUGGUUGCCAAUCUCGGGCUUGUAAUAUUCUUGUUCCUUGUCGGACUCGAGGUGGACAUGCGAUUGCUGCUUGUGAACUGGAAGGUUGCCGUGAGUGUCAGUGCGGCGGGAAUGGUGCUGCCCUUCGGACUUGGUGCGUAAAACCAUAACCAAUCAUGACCCUGGUUCCUAGGCACGCACGACUGACCUUGGUGCUUCCCCCGUAUUGGCUUAGGCGCGGCCAUCGCUUAUGGCCUUUAUCAUGAGUUUAGGGGCGACAAUGGGGUUGAUGACAAAAUCUCGUUUGGGGUCUACUUACUUUUUAUUGGUGUUGCAAUGGCGAUCACGGUACGUGGUGUAGCCGACAUCUUCAGCUCGUGCGUUGCAUUGCUUUUGGGGUGCUGACUGUCUGUGUCCGUGUUUGGUAGGCCUUUCCGGUGCUCGCUAGGAUUUUGACGGAACUCAAGCUUCUGGGCACAACUGUUGGGACCAUCGUCUUGUCGGCUGGUGUGGGUAAUGACGUUGUCGGUUGGGUCUUGCUCGCCCUGACGGUCGCAUUGGUCAAUGCGGGAACUGGGCUCACGGCGCUCUACGUCCUGUUGCUAUCGAUUGCCUGGAUUUUAUUCUUGGUUUACGCUGUUCGACCCGUGUUCAUGUGGUUCUUGCGCCGUGAUGGCUCCUUGGAGAAUGGACCGACUCAGUCUAUGGUGGCGCUAACAAUGCUAAUGGUUCUCGCAUCGGCAUUCUUCACCAACAUCAUUGGCGUGCACGCGAUUUUCGGGGGAUUCUUGAUCGGAUUGAUUUGCCCCCAUGAGGGUGGUUUCGCUGUUCGGCUUACGGAAAAGAUUGAGGAUCUCGUGUCCGUCUUGUUCCUCCCCCUUUACUUCACUCUUUCCGGGUUGAGGACGGAUAUUGGAUUGCUCAACGGGGCUGUUGCGUGGGGGUAUGUCAUUGGCGUCAUUGCUGUGGCUUUCUUCGCCAAGAUUAGCGGCGGCACCCUGGCGGCAAGGCUCAACGGCCUAGUGUGGAGGGAGAGUUUAACCAUUGGUGUCCUUAUGAGUUGUAAGGGUUUGGUUGAAUUGAUCGUACUAGUAAGUUAUUUCGGUAGCUUGAUAAGAGUCGGAACCAAUCGCGAGAGGGCCAUCAUAUUAAUUUUGCGGUGUUUUUGAAGAACAUUGGUCUUCAAGCAGGGAUUUUAAGUGUGAGGGUCUUCACGAUAUUCGUGAUCAUGGCUUUGGUUACCACCUUUGCUACUACCCCAUUGGUAACAUAUUUGUACCCUCCAUGGUACCAGAAGCAGAUGGAUGCCUAUCGGAGGGGCGAGGUUGACCGGGAAGGAAACCCGACUCGGCCUGGCGAUGGCAGCAGCUCCGGUGGCACUCUUGCGGAACGGAAGGCAGUCGUUACCAGGUUCUCAAAGAUCACGGUUCUGCUUCGUCUUGAGAGCAUGCCGAGCAUUCUCACCUUUGUCAACUUGUUGACCGGAGAACGAGUGCCACCUGCGCCCAAAGUUCACAAAUCAAAGGCGGCAAUUCCGGAGGAAGAUCCAUCAUCGUCCCGCUCCGAGAUCAGCAAACGUCCCUUGGAGGUGCAUGGCGUCCGCCUCGUCGAACUCACUCAGCGCACAUCCACAGUCAUGCAAGUGUCUGAGGUUGACGAGAUACAAGAUAGGGAUCCUGUUGUCAACGUCUUUCGCUCCUUCGGCAGGUUCUUGAACAUGGCCGUCUCCGCUGUGUUGUUUAUAACGCCCGAGGAUUCCUUCGCCGAGACUUUGGUCAAUAAGGCUGCCGAUUGCUCCUCCGACCUUCUCCUGAUCCCAUGGAGCGAGACUGGCGCCAUGAGCGACGCCCAAGACCCGCAGUAUGCGAAUGCCGAGAAUCGCUUUACUACUCAGCAGCAUAACCUGUUCAUUAGCAAAGCUCUCGAUACAGCUGCUUGUACCACUGCUAUCAUGGUUAAUCGGGGGUUUGGAGGUCCGUUGAUGGAACGAACCCUUACUCGUGCUAUCAGUCAAAUCAGUGUCCGGUCUCGCAAGAACACUGAUUCUCCCGCCCCUGUUCUUCCAGUUGCUGACCCUUCGCAUCACAUCUUCUUUCCCUUCUUUGGCGGCCUGGAUGAUACCAUUGCCAUGAGAUUUGUCCUGCAACUUGCCGCCAACACCAACGUUACGGCGACUAUUGUCCGCGUCGUCUACAAAGCCGGCGCUACAGAAGAGCCCUUGGACCUCCCCGUGCCGGCUAAAAUUCAUCGCCGCGAUCUGCCGAGAGGCCUCUCCAUGUCUAACGUGCCAACACUCUCCCGCGAGGAUACGGCCAAAAGCUCCGCAACCCAACUCCCAGCCACCGCCGGCGACUCCGAGGUCCCAGACGCCACAGGCGCCUUCUUCCAGUCAAUGGCCGACUCUGUCCCCACCGCCAUUUCCGAUCGCGUCCUCUUCGACACCGUCGAAACGGCCCAACCCAUCCACUAUGUCAUUUCCAAGGCGAAGGGAGAAGUUGGCCUAUCGAAGAAUGCUGGGGACUUGGUGAUUGUGGGACGCAGCCAGCCCGACCUCCGGGACGACAUCAGACGCGAGCUUGUCUCUGUCCUAGCCUCCUUGGAUGUCCCCUCUGGUGCGGGCAGCGAGACGAGAAGAUGCCUCGGUGAUGUGGCGGAAGCUGUCAUCGUCUCUGGGAUCAGGGCAUCUAUGAUCGUUCUCAAAGCUGGCGGGAGAGCCCUCGAACCCGAUGAUCAGAAGGGUGGCGUUUUCUCCUUUUGA